AUCUUGAACUUCGCAGUAGUUGUUCUUAUUCGUUUAGCUUUGCUUUUUUAAAUAGUUUAUGUCAUGGUGGUUUUGUCAAUUGAUACGCCAUAAAAUAGUGCUUCCUGUGUUUUCAAAUCUCUUUAAGUAUGAGAUUGUUAAUUUUUAUUUAUUUAUGAAAAGCUACCAAGUAAUUUAAAACUAUUAGGUAGCGGUGGCGUUGAGCAAUGAAGAUUCUUAAUAAGAAAAGUUAAUGCUCGAUUUAUUCUUUAAUCAAGUUACUUUGGAAUGUUUUAAGUGUCAAAAAUAAUAUAAAUCUUGGAGAGAAAAGGAGAAAUCAUUUUAUAUUAUGGAAUAGUAAUAUUUUAACGAAAGGUUCUUUUUGAGUGUAAAAGCAGUCAGCUUAAGUCCAGCAACCGACAGUAUAUCCCUCGAGUCGCAGCACUGAGAACUAAAUCGUCCUUUUCAGCUGAUUACGUUACCCUGACAACCAAGUAAAAGUACAACAAACGAAAGUGCUGGAAGUGCCAACAUCUUAGUAGUCCACAUCUAUAUUAAAUUGGAGUACUAGAACACCCAGAUAUUGGAUUGUAAAUAUCAGAACGCCUUUUGGAAAACUAUAGUUAAGAUGGCAUAUUCUGUGGCGCCACAUCGGGCAAACCUGGUGCUUCAAAUGCUCUUGCAGGCCAAUACCUAUGUGUCCAUGGUUUGGGCCAUGAGCUACAUGAUACACAUGCUCAUCCGACUAAAUCAUUUGUGGAACUGGGAGGGUCUAUCCAUGCUGGUGGCCUACAGCCUGGCCGUGUCCGCUGAAUCCAUGCGCUUGUACGCCGGCUACUCAGUGAACCUAUGCUCUGGAGCCACCGCCAUGUGGUUGCUGCUCACAGUGACACCCUGCAUUCAGCUACCAGCCAUGGUUUUUCUCCGCCUGUCGGCUGCCGGGCGCAGUUUAUGGCUACGCAUCAUCACGAAUGCUGUGUUUGCACUGAUGGUCUUAGAAGUAAUCGUAUCCCUGAUUCACUUUGUAAUCUGUAAACCAAGACGGAAGAUGUCAAUGCCGCCGGAAGGGGAGGAAUUGCCAAUGGAGGAGCAUCUAUCGGCCAUAGGAUCGCCUACAUCCAGUGAGCAAAAGCGACGGGUGCGACGCUCCCCGGAAUCAAAGUGAAUCAACAAGAAGCAGCAGGGGUGUAGUAAGGCUCUGAGGUUUACUUGGACAUUGGCAUAAAUAAUAAAGUAGUAUAAGCUAUUUAA